UAUUAUUGUAGAGAAUUGUAAAUCAUACAUCAGUUCCAAAUCAAUAAUUAUGUUUUGACUUGUAUAUAGUUGAAAUGUAUAAAAUUGCUGUUUUGGUUUUCCUGUCGACCAUUUUUUUCAUUUUAAAUUACGACGGAUGCACUGCGAUUCUUAUACCAGAACAACAGCAAUCAAAACCACCCUACACGUCUGGAAUUAAAACAACGAACUGGAAAAAGCCUCUUCUCACCCAUCAAAAUUAUAGUAAAGUAAAUGUACAUAAUAAACCAGACGCAGAAGCGCGGUAUAUUGUCACGCAAACACAGAAAACUCAGAAGAUAUAUCCAGUUUAUAACGCUCAUUCGUAUGGACCAAACUCUAAAAGACAUCAGGACAUUUUUGAAACAAAUGUACACACUGAAAUCGAUACCAAUGAGUUAUCAGCACCAAACCGGACAAUUUUCAAGAGGCGAAUUGAAUAUAAAUCUCUAGAAAUAUAUGAUAAGUGUCCAUCAGGAAUCACAGGCCAAUUCGUAUAUGCGUCUUCCUGUAAUCAGUACUUAAAUUGCUGGAAAGGAAGGGGAGUAGUCCAAAAUUGCGCACCUGGAACCUUGUUCAACCCAAAGACGUUAGAGUGUGAUUUUCCUGAUAAAGUCGAGUGUAUAACAGGUCCCAGUCACAAUACUUUGGCAAAUUUACGUGUUCCAAAAUCCGUACAACAGGCGAACUGUCCAGAAGGGUUCAGUGGACUUAUACCUAACUACACCGAUUGUUCAAAAUUUAUAAGUUGUAGUAAUGGCCAGCCAUUUCCGAUGGACUGUCCACCAGGAACUCUUUUCGACAUCAAUAAAAAUAUAUGCGAUCAUCCUGAAAAAUGUACCUGUUUCAACGGACAUCCUGGUUCAUAUCACAUAAUUCGAUUGAAUCAGCAACAACAGGAACAAAAUCGAGGUCAAUAUCACCAGACAAUCCAGGGAUAUAGUGGUCGGUGCCCUAAUAUUGGCAGUACCUGCACCCAGGGUAUUUCAACUCAGAACCAGUUUGAUUCCUCCUACAGUGGUAACCAAGAUCCCAAUAAACAACAUGGAUUCAACCGCAACUCGUCAUUUCAGCAAAGCGGUACACCACUUUUUCCUUUCAAUGGGCAAAACCAGGGUUCAGGUCAGGGAACGACUUUCAUCAUCACUCAUGGUCAAAAGGGUUGUAAUCCUCAAUAUGAAAAUUGUGGUCAACAAACUGAACAAAGACAAAGUACUGUAUACGGUCAGUCAGGUCAGAAUUUGGGACAUGACCAAAUUCAAGGUCAGAAUAAAUUCAACACUCAGUCACAACUUAAUUCUGGCGGUUCAGGAACUUCACAUCGACUCAAUACUAAUAUUGGUUAUAAUAUUGUAACUGAUCGGAAUUGCAAUCCUUCAGCACAAAAUUGUGUACAAAACACAAGACAAACUCAAGGUUCUAAUCAAGGAUAUGGACAAAGCUCUGUUUUUACUUACAGUGCUGGUCAAAACUGUGAUCCAUCUGACAAAAAUUGUGAGCAAACAGUUGGACAAGGUCAAGUUCCGUCUACCCCUCGAACUAUCAGUAAUAUCUAUAGAACGGUACAAAUUUGUAAUCCCUUCACACAUAAUUGCCAUCAAGGGCAGAGGACCUUCACUGACCAGAAUUCCAUUCACACUUCUUUCCAGAAUUGUAACCCUUCAACUCAGAACUGUGGACGAAACCAAAUUGCUUCUAAUUCUCAAAGCUAUGGUUCACCUAGUGAUCAAACGACAAAUCAGUUUUUCAUUCAAAAUUGUGAUCCAUCGAAACAGAAUUGUGUAGUCCCAAGUCGUAGUUCACCUGAUGCUCAAACUGUAAAUCAUUCGUCUAGGCAGGAUUCACUCAGAGGAAUAACUCCGACACGCAACUACGAUACUGGGCAAAAAUGUAAUCCUUUCUUACAAAACUGUGGUGAAAAUACUGGAUACGGUUCUACUCAGAUUGAUUCUGGUGGUACUACAACACAAGAACAAAGCACUAUUCGCACUGGUAGUCGUGAACAGAAUUGCAACACUCCAAGUAAUUCCUGUGAUCAGAAUAAUCCAUCAAAUCAGUAUCAAAACAAUUUUCAAACAAAUCAACAAUUUUUUUGUGAUCCCCGGACUCAGUUCUGUGGGAAAAAUAUUGAGCAAUCUCGAAUAACUCCCAAUAGUCUGACAUCUCAAAAUCCUAGGCCACCAGUAAAAGGUGCAGUACAGUUUAAUUGUGAUCUAUCUGCCCCAAAUUGUGGACAUGAUUCUGGAUAUCAAGAAAUAAAAAUCACUGGUCAAGGAACUGACCCAAAUCAAGGCCAAUCAAGACCAAAUGUUCAUUCUGGUACCCGAAAUUAUAAUGCAACCUGCAACAUAAAUGACAAUAACUGUCAACGGAGUCAUACGAUAGUGACAAGACGUACUACACCUAAAUGUCCAGAUGGUUUUCAAGGUUUGACCAAACAUCCCUUUGAUUGCAAAAAAUUUCUAAAUUGUGCCAACGGUCAAACUUUUGUUCAGGAUUGUGCGCCCGGUACUUUGUUCAAUCCUUCACUUGGGAAUUGUGACUUUCCAUAUAAUGUUGAUUGCAAAAUUUCGGAAAGUCCUAACAUAGAGAGUGAUACGAGUUAUGGAGUGGACUGGAAUACGGAAUACGAAGGAAAUGUACAGGAAGUUGGUCCGAAUGGGAAUAUCAGAUUAGUUACAGAAAAACCAGACAAUUCUGAUCGAGGGAACACAUAUGAGCAGAACACCAUUACUGACACAAAUAUUGGUGAAAUAGGAUUUGUGAGCAGACCUAGCCACCCAUCAUCAACGAUCAAUCCAAAUAAUCAGUAUCUUGAUCAAAGCCUUAACAAAUUUCCAGAUUAUGUUGAUGUUUUUGACCCCAAAGAACAAGCUAACUUGGGCUACUCAUCAACUACCCAAAGAAGCGCAUGGCCACCACCUUUUCCAAAAAGUGUACCUGAGGUGGAUUAUGUUUUCGAUUAUGAAGAUGGAGAAUCCGUCACCCUAGACCCUGAUGAUGUUUAUUAUGCUAGAGAAAAAAAAGGAACAGACUGUGAUGACGGAGAUUUCCAUUGCUCGGCAGACUUUUGUAUAUCACAAACGAUGGUGUGUGAUGGACAUAGGAUGAAGAUCAAAGAUUUGAGGUUGCGAGAAGGAGAGAUCUUAGUAACCUUUGACGUAUCUUCGAUAUUUCCAAGUGUAAACAUAUCAAAAACGAAUGAAUAUUUGAAAGAUCUUUUAGAUGGUAAUGAAAUGAGUGGUGAAGUGGUCGAGGAGUACAUCCGGCUUACAAAAAUUUGCAUGGAAAAAAUUGCUUCCACUUUCGGAAAAACCGGUUACAUUUGCGAUGACCAAUUCGGAAUUCAAGAUGCAAAUGUGGUUUGUAGGGAACUAGGUUUUGAACUGGGUGCAGCAGAAGUCAAAGGUCAAUCCUAUUUCACCAAGGGGCUCAAUGAGAGUAAUACUCUGUAUAUGAUGGAUGAAGUGGAGUGUAUUGGAAAUGAGACCACAUUAUUGGAUUGCGGUUUUGCUGGUUGGGGUAUCCAUGACUGUAGAGCCCAGGAGAUAGCUGGGGUAGUGUGUAAGACACCACAAGAAAAAUGCGGUCAGGGCUUCUGGAGAUGUGAAACUGGUAACGAGUGUGUACCAUAUCAUUUCGUGUGCGACGGAGUAAAUGACUGCAGCGAUGAUUCUGAUGAGAAAACUGAGUAUUGUGAC